AUGGAGGCCGAAAUUAAAGGACACGAAGGGCAAGGCGCGCUGCGGACUAUCAAAGACCUUUCCGCAGGCGCUGCCGGAGGUAUUGCGCAGGUCUUACUCGGCCAGCCAUUUGGUAAAGAGGCUAGAAUUGACGCCAGGCAGAUAUCGUCAAAGUCAGACUGCAGACCACAACCCAGUAUUCAAGCGCUUUUGAUUGCGCCUCCCAAAAUCCUGUCGAAGGAAGGCCCAUUGGCUUUCUAUAAAGGAACCCUUACACCGUUGAUUGGGAUUGGUGCUUGUGUCAGUGUCCAAUUCGGAGCAUUUCAUGAAGCCCGUCGACGAAUUGAAGAAUUCAACGCAAAGCGAGGGCACCCCACGAACCUCUCUUACCCCCAGUACUACCUUGCCGGAGCCUUCGCCGGUGUCACUAAUUCGGUAAUAUCUGGACCGAUCGAACAUGUCCGUAUCCGCCUACAAACCCAGCCUCACGGUGCAGAUCGUCUCUACAGCGGUCCUUUGGACUGCAUCAAGAAACUUUCUGCCCACGAAGGCGUGCUCCGCGGCUUAUACAGAGGAGAAGCGGUCACGAUUCUCAGAGAGGCACAGGCCUACGGCGUCUGGUUCCUCUCAUUUGAAUACAUGAUGAAUUGGGAAGCCAGACGUAACCAGGUCAAGCGUGACGAAAUUUCAAGUAUCAAAGUUGCUACAUACGGUGGUUUGGCUGGUGAAGCGCUAUGGCUCUCCAGCUACCCGUUCGAUGUGAUUAAGAGCAAGAUGCAGAGCGAUGGAUUCGGAGCCCAGCAGAAAUAUCAGGGAAUGAUUGACUGCUUUAAAAAGACCUUUGCUGCUGAAGGCUUGGGUGGAUUCUGGAAGGGAAUUGGCCCAACGUUGCUCAGGGCUAUGCCUGUGUCUGCUGGUACCUUCGCUGUGUAA